UAUGAGUGCGGCCGCUGCUGGACUGUCCUUUCCUCUGCUCCGAGGCCGGCGGUUUGCGUGUUCUCGUUGGGCCGCACCGGGACGGAAGAAAUAGCGGAGGCAGUAGCGGUUGGCCCAGGGUUCGGCUUGUUGCUUUGUUUUUGAAGGGGGAAUGAAGGAUGGCGGCACGCCGUGCAUUAAAAGCCGUUUUGGUGGAUCUCAGUGGCACACUUCACAUUGAAGAUGCAGCUGUACCAGGCGCACAGGACGCUCUUAAAAGGUUACGUACUGCUCCUGUUGCCCUUAGGUUUGUGACAAAUACAACCAAAGAGAGCAAGGCAGAACUGUUAGAGAGGCUGAGAAAAAUGAACUUUGAUGUCGCUGAGCAUGAGAUAUUCACUUCUCUGACAGCAGCUAGAAACCUAGUGCAGGAGAAGCAAGUUAGGCCCAUGUUGCUCAUUGAUGACCGGGCGCUGCCAGACUUUGAAGGAAUACCAGUAAAUGAUCCUAAUGCUGUAGUCAUAGGAUUGGCACCAGAACAUUUUAAUUAUCAAGUUCUAAAUCAAGCAUUCCGGCUAUUACUGAAUGGUGCUCCUCUUAUAGCAAUACACAAAGCCAGAUAUUAUAAGAGGAAAGAUGGCUUAGCCCUGGGACCUGGACCAUUUGUUACUGGCUUGGAGUAUGCCACGGACACCAAAGCCAUAGUUGUUGGGAAACCAGAGGGAAAAUUUUUCUUGGAAGCUUUGCGUGGCAUUGAUUGUACACCAGAAGAAGUCAUUAUGAUCGGAGAUGACUGCAGAGAUGAUGUUGGUGGAGCUCAGAGUAUUGGCAUGCUAGGUAUCUUGGUGAAGACUGGGAAAUACCGAACAGCAGAUGAAGAGAAAAUUAAUCCAGCUCCUUACUUAACCUGUGAGAGUUUCCCACAUGCUGUGGACCACAUCCUACAACAUUUACUAUAAGAAAGGAGAGCAAUAUGAAACAACUUGAAAUGUAACUUUUUAUUUCCCGGAAUGCGUCUUUAAAAACUCAUUGGGUUCGAAUACAUAGAAACAGGCAUUAUCACGUGAUAACCCUCCUUUGUUGUACAUUAAUUAGAGGGAAGGGUAUUGAACUUUAGCCAGUUACUAAGCCUUACUAAUCCUAACUCUCUUGUUUUAUUUGGUAAAUAUGAUAAGACCUAAAGAAACAAAAGCAGAAAUUCUGUGCCAUUCCUUUUAAAAUAUUCAUCAGAUUAGGCAGUCCUAGGAGAGAAAAUCCACCAUAGGGAUGGUGUUCUGCUUGUCUUUUAACUGUUACUCUCGGAGGGGGGAGUAUUCAGCGUGUGAAUAAAGUUGAAUCGGUUUUUUAAAUUAUAAAACAAUGUGUUAAAAGGUGCAUCAGCCUGUAGUUGUAGUAUUGAUUGCAACUGUGAAAUCCAUCAAAUAUUUUAAGCAAAUGAAACAUGUAGGAAGUAAAAUGAAUUAUCCCUUAGACCAAGCAAUCAAGUGAAUUUGCUUUAACGAAUGAUGAAAACUAGAUUAUCUGCUAUAUUAUUCCCAUCAUGGGUGACUUUUUUUUCUCUUCAUUAGCCAGAAAUGACUAAUUUAAAUUUAGAGCCUGAUUUUAAUUUAAAAUAAUAUUACCAUUAAUAACCUAUUCAUUGCAGAUACCUAUUAUACUGUGUAACAGUUGUUUUGGAAAUUUUAUGUAAAAUUAAAACUAUCAGUAUUUUACAGAUGUUUUAAUUAGACAUUGUUAUUAACAGGAACAGUGCAGAAACUAAAAUCAAGCCUUUAAUGUCUUAUAGACCAUGCAUUUUUGAAGUUACUGUCCACCAGGGUCCUAUUAACUGUACAUUUGUAAGAUUUCAUUAUUUUUCCUUCUAACACUAUGGGAAAAAUCUUUUAGAAGCUACUGGGACAUAUUCAAGCUUUUAUGUACUUGGUUAGUACAGCUGUAAAAUGAAAUCCUGUCAUUUAGCAUGGAUCAUUCUUCUCAUGUUAAAUCCACCAAAAUGAAGGGGCCUAAGCUGGUAAUGAUUUCCCUAUCACAUUUGCAUACUGUGAUAAUCCUGGUCCUUUGCAGUUGUUGUAUUGCGCUCUUGGGCAUUAAAUUAUUAGAAUGUAAUUGUACAUCAUCAUAGCAUUCACCUUAUUGAAACUCAUUGGUGUUAAUGAGCUGUGUGUUUUGGUACUUCAGUGAGUGUGGUUUUGGAAAAGGCUGUGUUGAAAUGGUUUGUAUCUCUCCUUUUCCACAGGCCACCAAACACUGUUUCAAUAUCACAGACCAGAGAAGGCCUGAAUUCAAAAAGCAUAAGAUAGGGACACAGACAGAAAUCAGAGCUGCCUAGAUCUUCCUCCAUGUUUUUGGAACUGCCAAUGUGGUUGUUCUCCCCUUUGGACUGAUUUCACUCUGCUUUAAAAGUAGGAGAAACACUGUUCAGAGAGGAAAAAGCUCUGAGCCUCAGUCUGGAUUUCCCAUAGUGUGUGUGUCAUCACCAGGGCCGCCUGCAAUUAGUGGGUGGAGAGAGGGAAUCUUAUUCAUGAUCUUCUAAUAUUUAGAAUAUACUUUACAACCAAAUGAGACAAGCAGGAAUUGUGCUUACUCCUAUUACUAUUUCAGUGGGGGAAAAAACCCAAAACUUCUCUAAGGGUAAGUCAUUCUGAGUAGGGUUCCUAAUAAUUGCAGCUGGUUUUAGGCACAUUCCAGCACAGAUUCCUACAAGAUUUGCUACUUUGGCUGUGAGCCUAUAAGAACCUGAUUCUUACUACCUGGCUUUUUAACCCCAGUUAAGUAGUUGAAUACUGUUAAAUACCCAGCUCCAUGCUAAGUACUUUAGGGAAUACAGAAAAGUAUCCUGCUCUUGGGGAUGAGUAGGCAAGACUAACACGAAAUAAUUAAAGCAGAACCUAAGCCAGCGUAAGUGAUGAAUUUUGCGGUAUAGUCAACAAAGAAUUGUGUAUAUUCAGAGAAGGGUGAAAGUAUGGGUUGAGUGGUUAGGAUCUGAAGCACUGAUAAAGUUGUAGCUCUUAUGAGGGGAGGGCUAGGCAUGACAUGACAUAGCUGUCUCUAUUGGUUUUUGAAGAGCUUAUUCCUAUACUUUUCUGAAAAGAACAUGCUAAAUAUGAGCUGUUACCUGCACGUUCAUUAUGAACGAUAUGCAGAGCAGCUAACUGCCAUUCCCACUGAAGAAAAGGCCAAAUGUGAGAAAAAAACAAACUAGAAAAAUAUUUUGGUGAGGAGAUAGAUACCAAAGGACAUUCACAAGGGUGGCCAUCAUUUUUGAAGACUCUUAAGGUUUGAAUAAACUGAUAUGUUGACACUUCCCCAUAACCAUUCCUUUUAGAAAGGGAUUCAGUACUUGGUCUGUCUUGGGGCCUGUCCAGUGACAGAGAUCCUGGGUUCUGAUAGUUGUCAGUUUUUGUAUAAUCUUACCAGGGCCAGGAAGUGGGAGCAAGUAGAUGGCAAUUUCAUGAGAUUGUGACCUUGACAGAAAUUGUACUUUCACAUUUUUCACAUUUAUCUUCUGAGACCAGUGAGUGCUUCAUAUGUUUUUGUUAAAACAAAAUUGAAUUUUGAGGUCCUUUGUAGGGCUGAGCCUUUGUUACCUGGGUCUUUAAUGUGCCCAGAGUAGAUGGGUGCUGAGAAAUUUAAGAAUUGAUAGAAUGUUUGGCAUCAUCUAGGUAUCAUUAAAAGCAAUGAUUUUCAAAUCCCCAAGUUGCUGUGCUGUUCCCACUUCACUUUUGAGCUUAUAUGUACACAUAUGUAUAAGCUUAUGUGCAUCUCUAAUCAAAACAAACCUCACAGCUUGUUUGUAUAGGCUACCCACAGAUACACACAGACAUGCAUGCACGCGCGCGCACACACACACACACACUCACACACACACACAACUUCAUUCUCCCUCUAGAAAGUUAGAGGAAAAGUAAGAUAAGUAGUAGGUUUGAGGAGGCUGCUUCACUUAAUUUAUUAAGAUUAUAGUUUUACCAAGCAAGUAUUAGGAGCUUUUAAAUUCCUUUGGAACUCUUCUUGUGCAGCCCCUCUAGGGAUUUAUUACUGUUAUUUCCUCUCAGUGAGACUGAAGGUUGGUCUAGAUAUUUUCCUUUCCUUCUUUAUCUCUUUUUCUUGGAACAUGACUAAUGAAGGGAUUUGUUGUGCAUGAUUAUACCUAUUGGCAAUGGACUUUGUUUUUCUUGCCUUCUCAGUGCUGGGGGAGCAGGGGAGAUAAUUUUGAACUGAAAAUAAAUAAAAAUGUACGAACAAUAACUUUAA